AUGGCCAAGCCUGGUCUCACGGACCUCUGCACUUGCGGCUUUAUUUCCAGGUUUUAUGAGCAGCCAAAGAUAAGGCUGACUCCGUAUAACGGCUAUACAGCAAGAGCUGUCGAUAUAUGCAACGUCUCCCGCACCACUGCCUCGGUUCUAUGCAGGCAAAGGAUCGACUCUAGUCGAUUAUGUUCUGUCUAUCCACAAGAGCUUUCAAGAGCAAGCCGAAACCCGCAUCCCGGGAGCCCACCAGAUGCGGCAACCUGCAACUUAUACAAUUUAAAGGGCAACCAUAAGCGAGAGGCGAAGUUCCUACAGCUCCGGGGAGUCGAGCUUGAAAACGCUGCGUCGUGUGACGCCUCCAAGGCUGGCAGGGGCCCAUGGCGCGAAUGCGUCACGAUCGACUCGCCCGACCAACUCGUCAGUCGUCGGGCAAAAUUCCAAGCGUGCGCCAACUGCUGCUAGGGGUCACUGGAGAACAAGUACUCGUUCAAGAAAAAAAG